GGGGGCGAAGGCGCCGGCAAUCGAUUGCCAGCCGCAGUCCGAUUUAGAAUCUCAUCAUGGCUGACAAGACUAAGGUGGCUGAACAGUACUACGCCCCACCACCGGACCUGGGCAAAUGGGAGUCCUUCAGGAUAUUCCUCUGGAACUCGGAGACGGGGCAGUUCCUGGGACGAACGGGAUCCAGUUGGGCCAAAAUCCUCCUGUUCUAUCUUAUCUUCUAUGCCAUUCUCGUGGGAUUCUUCGCGGCCUUGCUGGCCAUCUUCUACCAGACUCUGGACAUGAAGACGCCCAAGUGGCAGCUAGAAGGGUCGCUCAUAGGAAAUAAUCCUGGCCUGGGCUUUCGCCCGAUGCCGGACUCCGCCAAUGUGGAGAGCACCCUCAUCUACUACAAGGCCAACGACAAGGGUUCCGUGCUCAAGUGGGCCAAGGUCAUCGAUGAAUUCCUUGACCAAUACCGCAAGAAAGGCAGCGGCAGCGGCGAGGCUAUCGGCGCUGAGAACCGCGUGCCAUGCUCGCCCACAUCCGCCAACCUCGGGGAGAAGCAGGUCUGCGACGUCCCCGUGGACGAGUUCCACCCCUGCACCCCCGCCAACCAGUACAACUACGAAGAAGCUGGGCCCUGCGUCUUCCUCAAAUUGAACAAGAUCUUCAACUGGGUCCCCAAACCCUACAACACCACAGAGGAGUUGCCCCACAAUAUGCCAGAAGAUCUCAAAGCGCACAUCAAGAUGCACUCUGGCAAGCCAGAAGCCAACACUGUGUGGGUGUCCUGCGAGGGUGAGAACCCGGCUGACGUGGAGAACAUCGGGCCGGUGCAGUACAUCCCCCGCCGUGGCUUCCCCGCUUACUACUACCCCUUCACCAACAAAGAGGGCUACCUCAGCCCCCUGGUCGCUGUGCUCUUCGAGAAGCCUAGGACGGGUGUCCUCAUCAACAUCGAGUGCAAAGCGUGGGCGAAGAAUAUAAUGUAUGACCGCUAUGAGAGGCGCGGCUCAGUACACUUCGAGCUGAUGGUGGACCGCUACUAAGCUGCUCGUAGCGGCCAAGUCGUGGCCAAGCCGUGGCCAAGCUUUGGCCACACAUUGGCCACACUGCCCAGCGACCUGCGCCGGGCGCAGUCGAUAUAGUGACGAAACAGACUCUAUUCUUUGUUUAAACUCGCAUCUUUAUUAAACUUAUUAACUAGGGUCGAGUUUAAUGUAUUUAUACAGUAUACCUUAUAAGCGGAAGUCUGUUGAAGAUGUUUACACUAGUAUGCUGCAUGGAUGUUAUGAAAUCGUUGUUAUCUGAUUGCGUUUCGCAUGAAAGUUUUGUAUAACGUCAGCGUCUCAAAGUUAAACGUUUUAAAGAUAUUCUAGUCUAGAUUUAGACGUAUUUUAGGAUUUAAUAAGCUCGACGUUAAAUCAUUUAAAGAGUAUUAUGAGGCGUUAUAACCUAUUAGCGUAAAAAGUGUAAAUAGGUAUGUAUGAGUCUGUUUCCCACUAUGCCAAAAAUGAGCCCAACGAUCACAGAAUUUGGAAUGUAACACUAGAAGUGUCAUACGUCUAAUAAGAAAUCAUCAUUUCCUUGCCAAUGGAAUUCAGCUCAACGAUAUACAACCGUAAAAUUAUAAAGUGAAGUGAACGGAAAAUAGAUUGUGUGAUUGAGUUUUGACUUGAGAGUCUGAUGUACUGUCGGGAGCUGGAGGACGGAUCACUUUACUGGCGACGGGUCGCCAUGUACUGUAAAGAAAGCCGGAGGAAAGACAAAACAACCGAGUUGCGAUAAUUGUCUGAGUUAUUAUAAAAAGACUGUAAUAGUUGUACAAGAAGCAAUCACUAAACCUCACUACAAGAAAUUAUUAAAAUAAUAAAUGUAUGACACGCUUACAGUCUUAUAAUUCCAAAUUCUGUGGCAUGACUGCGCCGCGGCGCCGGCGCAGCCGGUAGGACGCAUCGCCAACAUCGGCGCCGACGUCGCGCCAGCGCCGGCCUGCCAUACUUAGAGCAAUAGCCACAUAGUCGGCGGAUUAAAUAUAAUUUCUAUUCGUUUUAGAAUAUGCCAUUGGGCGCCACUAAGUUAAGUUUCGUUUUCACGCUUCAAUAAAAUGGAUAAAUUUAAAUUAUUGAUAAUAUUUAUUAUGUAAUGUAUUUUGGACGGGAUGUCAAUAAACACGCAAUAGUUGGUUCCAAUUUAGA